CUCUUCCCCAACGGCGCAUACCCCGAAGGCGAGAUUUGCGAAUACAUCGACGACAACUCCUACCGUACCACCGACGAGGAGAAGAGACACCUUGAUCGCAUGAGCAACGAUUACCUCACAGAGUACCGCCAGGCCGCUGAAGUCCACAGACAGGUGCGACAGUGGGCACAGAAGAACAUCAAGCCCGGACAAAGCCUGACUGAGAUUGCCGAGGGCAUCGAGAAUGGUGUGCGUCACUUGACCGGCCAUCAAGGUCUUGAAGAGGGAGACAACAUCAGAGGAGGCAUGGGUUUCCCAACUGGUCUGAGCAUCAACCACUGCGCCGCCCAUUACACACCCAACGCCGGCAACAAGACCAUCCUGCAACAGGGCGAUGUCAUGAAGGUUGAUUUCGGCGCCCACAUCAACGGCCGCAUCGUCGACAGCGCCUUUACAAUGUCCUUCGACCCCACCUACGACAAUCUCCUCGCCGCCGUCAAAGACGCAACAAACACCGGUAUCAGAGAAGCCGGCAUCGAUGUCCGCAUGUCCGACAUUGGUGCCGCCAUCCAAGAAGCAAUGGAAUCCUACGAAUGCGAAAUCGGCGGCGAAACCUUCCCCAUCAAGUGUAUUCGUAACCUAAACGGCCACGACAUCAGACAAUGGUCCAUCCACGGCACAAAGAGCGUCCCUAUCGUAAAGGGAGGCGAUCAGACAAAAAUGGAGGAGGGCGAGACUUUUGCCAUUGAAACUUUUGGCUCCACCGGAAAGGGUUACGUCAGAGAGGACAUGGAGUGCAGUCACUACGCAAAGGUUGCCGAUGCUCCCAGAGUCCCCUUGAGAACGACGAGUGCAAAGACACUGCUGAAGAGUAUCGAAAAGAACUUUGGCACUCUGCCUUUCUGCAGAAGAUAUCUCGACCGUCUCGGCCAUGACAAGUACUUGCUCGGACUCAACAACCUCGUCCAGGCCGGCAUUGUACAAGAUUACCCUCCUUUGGUCGACAUCAAGGGCUCGUACACUGCACAAUAUGAGCACACCAUCUUGUUGAGACCCAACUGCAAAGAGGUCGUAAGCAGAGGUGACGACUACUAG